UGCCAGUCUAAAGCGGCCACACAAGCUACAACCAGACACGAGAUGGCGUCGUUUAAAUAUUUUAUUUUCGUAUUAUUACUCGCAGGCAUUGCGAUAGAAACUGAGGGCGGUCGUAUAGUGGGGGGUCAGCCGGCUCCUAUUGAAAAAUAUCCUUCUAUGGUGCAAGUAAAUGCUCUUAGCAUAUUGAACACGUGGGUAGAAUCCUGUGGGGCCAACAUUCUAACUACCAGAUACAUCCUAUCUGCCGCACAUUGCUUCAGCGGUUUCCUGUACGCGCCAUCUAGACGCCGCAUCAGAGCGGGCACAGCGGUCCAGCAUGUGGGUGGAGUAGUGGUAUACAUAGACAGGGAGUUCGUCCAUCCUACCUGGGGCCGUCUGGGUCAUGACGGUGACAUCGCUGUAGUACGGCUCCGGGGCUCACUAGUCUACUCCCCUGUCAUCCAGCAGGCUACCAUCGUCUCCCAGGGCUUCAAAAUACCGGACAACGUGGCCGUAGUAAAUGCCGGCUGGGGCGCUAUUAGGCACUACGACGUUUCAUCUGAGAUCCUGUUAGAUACAACAGUUUACACCGUCAACAAUGAGGAGUGCGCCGAAAUAUACCGGAACGGACCACGACCUACCCAGGAUAUCGUCACCGACAACAUGAUCUGUGUUAAUGUUCCCGGCGGCGGCAAUGGCACUUGUCAGGGAGAUUCCGGCGGUCCGUUGUACUAUGGACAAAUUGUGGUCGGGAUAGUUUCGUGGGCUGAACGAUGCGCCAACGAGACCUUCCCUGGGGUCAACACCGCAGUCUCCUCCUACACUGAUUGGAUUGUACAGACAGCUGUUUGAGUAUUUCUACUAAAAAAUAAAUUGAAUUAUUCUUAGA